AUGGAGCGGCUGCUGCUGCUGCUGGGGCUUACUGCGGCCGCGGCGUCGCUGGACGAGAACCGCAUCGUGGGCGGGGCCAGGUGCGAGCGGCGGCUCCACCCCUACCAGGUGCUGCUGCUGCAGCCGGGGGGGGGAAUCCACUGCGGGGGGGUCCUGAUCGGCCGCAGGUGGGUGCUGACCGCCGCCCACUGCCGCACCGACAGCCCGCUGCGGGUCCUGCUGGGCGAGCACAACCUGAAGGAGCGCGAGGGGGCGGAGCAAUGCCUCACCUGGGCGCGCGCCUUCGUGCACCCGCGCUACCUGCCCGGCCGCCAUGACAGUGACGUCAUGCUGCUGCGCCUGCGCAGCCCCGCCCACCUGAGCGAGCGCGUGCGGCCCGUGGCGCUGCCCCGCAGGUGUCCCCAGGUAGGGGACAGGUGUGUGGUGUCCGGCUGGGGCAGCACGCGCAGCCCGCAAGGUGCGUUCCCGGACGUGCUGCAGUGCGGGGAGGUGUUCACCUGGUCCAACGCCGACUGCGCUCACCUGUACCCAGGUGCCAUCACUCCCAACAUGCUUUGCGCCGGCGGCCGCGCCGGGGACAGCACCGACUCCUGCCAGGGCGACUCCGGGGGCCCGCUGGUGUGCGGGGGUUACCUGCAGGGCGUGGUCUCCUGGGGGCUGCAGGUGUGCGGCCAGGAGGGCAAGCCAGGUGUGUACAGCCGGGUCUGCGCCUUCACCGCCUGGAUCCGCCGCACCAUCCGCGCCAACGGCGGCGACGACGCACCUGGGCUCACCUGA